UCUCCACCCUUCUCCUCAACUACUCAUUUGGGUUUCCUCUAAUUUUCCCUCUUCUCCUCCCAAUCUGCAGUGGGGUUUGAUUGGUUUUUUUUCACCUCUUACGAAUCUGAAAUGGAGUUCGCUUGAUUUGUCCUCUUCUCUUACGAAUCUGAAAUGGGUUUCGGCUGAUUUUUCGAAGUUGUUAUUCUUUCUGCAGCAGUUGAUCUUUUGAUUUUCUUAUUGAAUGGUCUUCGAGAGUUUUUAUGGGGUUGAUUUGAAAAAAACUUGUUUAUGUGCUUUGAUGUCAGAUGGGUCAUCCGAUUCUCUUUGGUUUAUGCAGAUGGAAGACGAUGAAGACGACGACCUAUAAUAUUUUUUGUUUCUUUAGUUCAUUAAUUUGGUUAGAUUAAAGGUUCUUGAUAUCCAAUAAUGGACGACAAAAGGGAUUUGAUGAAGCCUAUAUUAUUCAAAUUUGGGUUUGCUCUGGCUAUCUCCUUUGCUGGUUUUCUCUGUUCCCAAUUCAGACUCAGAAAUAAAAGACCUCCUCUGCUUCCUCCCUCGUCGAGUUCUUCAGAUGAUCAGAGCAGUAAAGUUGACUUGGGAAGAGGAAGAGGGCCUAGACUUGACAAUCAAGGACUGAAGGCAGCAACAGCAGCAUCCUCUAAUGUGGUUCAUUUUGCAGUUGAUGCUUAUGAAAAAAAGUGUAUUCCAAAAGUCAAUUUUGAUGAUUCAAAUAUUGGUCUACGUCCUAGCAAUAAGCAUGGUGUAGAUAAAGAUGGCCUUCUCCCAGAGUUUCAGGAACUUGUCAAGGAAUUUGAUUUUUCUGCAGCAAAUGCUGGGCUUCCUCCUAAGAAAAAUGUUGAAGCACCAAGGUCGGGGCUUGAAACUCCAAAAGCUUAUAAGACUGUUGAGGAUGAUGAAUAUGAACAGGAGAUCAGACACCUCAAAAGCAAGGUGAAAACGCUGCGGGAGAGGGAGAGAAAUCUUGAGGUUCAACUGCUUGAGUAUUAUGGUCUGAAAGAGCAAGAAACUGCGGUAAUGGAGCUCCAAAAUAGGUUGAAGAUUAACAACAUGGAAGCCAAGCUUUUCACCCUCAAGAUUGAGUCCCUUCAGGCAGAUAACCGACGAUUAGAGUCACAAGUAUGCGACCAUGCUAAAUCAGUGUCCGACCUCGAGGCUGCAAAAGCAAAAAUUAAGUUCCUCAAGAAAAAAAUUAGAUAUGAAGCAGAACAGAACAGGGGACAGAUCUUAAAUCUUCAGCAAAGAGUUGUUAAGCUGCAAGAUCAAGAACAUAAGACAAAUGAAAGCAAUAAAGAUGCCCAAAUCAGGCUGCAAAAGAUUGAAGAAUUGGAGAAAGAGAUAGAGGACUUGAGAAAGUCGAAUUUGAAAUUACAAAUAGAAAAUUCUGAUCUGAGUCGGAGAUUAGAUGCUACUCAAUUUCUUGCAAAUUCUCUUUUGGAAGACCAAGAAAAAGAAUCAUUGAAAGAAGAAAUGGAGCGUUUGUCACGAGAAAAUGAGGCAUUAACGAAGGAAAUUGAGCAGCUUCAAGCACACCGGUGUGCAGAUAUUGAAGAGUUAGUCUAUCUCCGCUGGAUUAAUGCUUGCUUAAGAUAUGAGCUGCGAAAUUUUCAGCCUCCAGCAGGAAAAACAGCAGCAAGAGACCUAAGCAAAACAUUAAGUCCCAAAUCCGAGGAGAAAGCAAAGAAGCUCAUCCUUGAUUAUGCAAAUACAGAAGGGAUUGAGGGGAAGAGCAUUAACAUUACGGAUUUUGAUUCAGAUCAAUGGUCGUCCUCACAAGCUUCCUCUCAUACUGAUCCUGGAGAUCCAGAUGAUUCAGCUGUUGAUUUUCCAUCAACAGCCAAAACAAGUUCAAACAAAGUCAAAUUCAUUAGUAAACUCAGAAAACUCUUGAGGGGAAAAGGCAGUCAACAAAACCUGACUUUGUUAGCAGAAAAAUCUGCAGCAUCUGUAGAAGAUAGCGGUUCUCCACGUUAUAGUUCAAGCAAUUCUCCUGGGACCAAUGCUACUCGAGCCGAGGGACAGGGUAUUGGAUACACAACUCCAUCUCGAAAUUCAUCAAGACAUUCAAUGGAUUUUCACAGAUUGAAUAGCCAAAAGGAAGACGAUGGAAAAACUGAAGAUUCCAUUAGAAGAAGGAAUAGUGAUGUUGGCUAUGUUAACAAGAAAUUUGUUUUAGGGAGCGACGAAUCAAGCAACUCAUCGUAUAGAUCUCAAAGUCAGGACACAGAAUCCACCGAAAAGUCUGAGUUAAUGAAAUAUGCUGAAGUUUUGAAAGACACUCGAGGUGCUAAGAACCAGUCGCAGAGGAAGGCUGCAUCCAUUGGUUCGUUUUGAACAUCAGAAAAGCUCGUCUGGCUUUCAAUGGCUUUACCUGUCCAUAUGUGUAUAACUAAGGACCAUACUUUCCACAAAAGGUAGGUAGAAACUAAUUCCACUGAUACGGAAACGUUGUAACAUAAAUAACUUACUGUUGUAAUGUUACUUGUACAAGGUCAGUCCUAACAAAGCUAAUCUUAUAAAGUUUUCUCUAGCCAUCGACAAGAAAUGUGUCGAUCCUGGAUUACCUGUUCUUGAACGAUUGCAAAAGCAAGACAGAAAACAAAAGAGUAAUAUGUAUCA